UGGAGCUCAUAAGAAUGACUGCAAAUCUAGCCAAUUAAAAUUCAAGAAAGCCAAAAGGCAUCCAAUUGUUAUUCGAGGCGGUGAAUUAGUUUAAGCCGUUGCAAAAUGGCGGAGUGUAGUUGUGUAUAAAGACGCGAUUCGCCAUGAAAGGAAAAGAACGCUCCCCGGCAAAGGCCAAACGGUCCCGGGGGGCGGAUGAGUCAACCCGUGAGAGAGGCGGAAAAAAGCUGAGUUCUGGCGGGGGCAGUAACGGAUCUUCGGGAAAGAACUCUGAAAGCAGCACCGGCCGCCGGAGCCUGCAUAUUGAAAAGAGUAUUUCCUCGAGCCGCGAUUAUGAGCAAUCCGGCAUAACGCAGGGGCUGCAGCGCUAUGGCUCCCCCGGGGCAAGCAGCGGCAGUGGCAGCAGCAAUGGUGGCCCAGAGAAUCGAAGAGGCGGAGGCCGGGCUACAGAAAGCCGUGCGGAGCCACAAUACUACAAAUCCUUGCGGAUAAGUGAGCUAGGCUCCUCUCUAAGUGACGAGGCCAUAGAGGAUGGACUUUUCCACGAAUUCAAGAAAUUCGGAGACGUGAGUGUAAAAAUGUCUCGUGAGGGAGACGAGCGUGUGGCCUUGGUGAAUUUCAGGCGCGCCCUAGAUGCCCGAGACGCUAAGCACGCUCGUGGGAGGCUGGUUCUCUAUGACCGACCUCUUAAGAUUGAAGCUGUCUAUUUAAAUGUCGGCGGUAUCAAUCGGAGGCGUAGCCGCAGCCCGGAGGAUAAAGACUCAUAUGGCGGACUCUCUGCCGCAGUUUCCACGCUGGCCACCCAGCGGCACCCUCAUGCGCAGCGCGCACUCUCCCCCGGUGGCCUUGGUUACAGAGACUACAGACUGCAGCAGCUAGCACUGGGGCGCCUCCCACCGGCAACUAUCCCUAGAGAGCUGGAGAGGGAACGUGAUUACAGUCUUUACGAUAGUCGCCUGAGGUCUACCUAUACAGUUGAUCCCCGACUGAACUUCAGAGACGAAGACCUUGCUUUAGAGAUUGAUGCUAGAGCCAAUCGUACACUCUUUGUUGGAAACCUGGAUGUCAUUGUUAAAGAGAGUGAAAUUUAUAGGGUCUUUGGACGCUUUGGAACCAUUACAGAAGUCGAUAUAAAACGAGCUGGUCGUGGGCAGCAAACAACUUAUGGUUUCAUAAAGUUUGAGAACCUAGACAUGGCUCACCGAGCAAAGGUUGCAAUGUCUGGCAAGAUGCUGCAUAGCUAUGCUUUAAAGAUCGGCUAUGGUAAAGUAGUACCAACAAACCGCCUUUGGGUGGGGGGACUAGGACCUUGGGUACCAGUGACUGCACUGGCCCGAGAAUUUGAUAGGUUUGGCACCAUCCGUCAAAUUGAUUACCGCAAAGGGGAGAACUGGGCAUAUAUACAAUACGAAAGUCUAGAUGCUGCCCAGGCUGCAUGUACACAGAUGAGAGGCUUUCCUUUGGGGGGUGAACAUAGAAGACUUCGUGUGGAUUUUGCUGAAGCAGAUGUUCAUUUUCCGCAUCCUUAUGUUCAGCCAUUGCCCAUCCCUUAUAUUGAUUUUGGAGAGGAGACAUCAGGGCAUCGGACUAGUGAAGCAAGCAGAGCUAGAGAUCGUUCACCUUUAAUAUUAAGGGACAGGGAAAGAGAUGCCUAUACAAACAAUGAUUGGGUGUCCCCUGCUAGAGACAGACACAGAGUCACCAGUGACUCUCUUGAAACAAUGGAACGUCGUUCUGAUAAUUGGGCUUUGGACAGAGGCCGUGAAAGAGAUGAAGUGACCAGAGAUCAGCCCAGAAAAAGGAGACUGGAUGAUAGCCGUCACCUAGACAGGUCUCCAGAGAGUGACCACCCCAGAAAGAGACACUGUGUCACUCCGGAACGUAGCACUGAAGGCCGUGACAGCCGUUACAGUGACUCUGAUCGAGCAGCAUGCCGUUCUUCACCUUCUAGAGAUUGGAGGGGAAGCCUGGAGCGAGGUCAAGAUGACAAACAUGAUAGAAAAAACUCAAUUGAAAGAGAGAGAAGGCAUCGCAUACCUGCAAGUAAAAGCCCUUUAAAAAAAAAAGAUGAGCAUCCAGAGGGUAACAACAAAGUGAAAUCUCCACAAAAAUUAGAAGCAGCACACAAGCUGUGUCUGGCUUGGCAAGGUAUGCUCCUUCUUAAAAACAGCAAUUUUCCAUCCAGUAUGCACCUUGUGCAAGGAGAUCUUGGAGUAGCAUCCAGUUUGCUGGUUGAGGGACCUUCAGGAGGGAAGGUGGCUCAGCUAAAAAUUACACAGCGCCUGCGACUUGACCAGCCCAAGUUGGAUGAAGUUACUCGACGCAUCAGAGUGGCAGGGCCUGAUGGCUAUGCCAUCCUACUUGCCAUUCCUGGUACUUCUGAGGGUUCAUUAAAGGACCAAGCCAGUUCAACACAGCGACCCCUAAGAAACCUUGUGUCCUACUUAAAACAAAAACAAGCAGCAGGUGUUAUUAGCCUGCCAGUUGGGAGCAAUAAAGACAAGGAUCAUGCAGGAGUUCUUCAUGCUUUUCCUCCCUGUAAUUUUUCCCAGCAGUUUCUUGAUGCUGAAGCAAAAGCCCUUGUGAAGUCUGAUGAUGACUACCUUAUAAUGAUUAUAGUACGUGGAGCAUCCUAGUUCCAUGUUUGUAUUUCUCUAUACUAUACUCAAGGUAUUAUGGGAUACAGUAUAAGUUUGUUUGAUUAGGCCAAUCUUUUUAUUGCAGUUUUCUGAUUUGCUUAGCAAAGGUGUUUAUGCAAUUAAACAGGACUGGAUCAUAUCCAAGUUUUGAUAUUUCCUUUCUUUCCCCCGUUUUCAUUAAAUGAUGUUUUACUAGCAUAGGUAAUUACACUGUUUUGAUUUUUGGCAUCUUUUGGAUUCUUUUUUUUUUUUAAAGUGAAGUGUAAGGUUUCUACAAAUUUCUGAAUACAUAAGUCAAAAUUUCUUAAAUUUGGUCUCCAAGCUGUCGCUGGAUCACUACACCAAAAAUGUCUUUUCCUUUUGGAUGCUCUCCAGUAACAAUUGGAAAUACAAAUUUAAGAAUUAUUCCAAUAUAUAUUAUUUUAAAACCCUACCAUAUGCUUGAAUAUUCCUGGUUUAUUCCUUGUCUUCUCUUGGUAUGGAGUAGCGUUAAGUGUAAUACUGUGUGUGCAUUUAUAUAUUCCCUUUAUAUAAGUGAAUAAAGUACCGCCUAUUGUAAAAUGUGAGGAUAUUAUUAGUCACAGAGGAGUUCCAUUACCAUAUAAAAGCACAAGGCCAAGUGCUUUUAUACAGAUCGUCGAACUCCGAGGUUACCUCUAAUAUCCUCAUAUUUUCUAAAUAUUUACACCUCUAAAAAGUGAAUGAGUGUUAUAUAAAGGGAAUCUUAUAUUUUAGCUGAUUUUGUGUUUUAGUUUAUUUCCACUAUCUAGAAAUGGCCCAUAUAGCAUGGGGAUAUUGUAGCUCGCACAUAGUUUUUCUGGAAGAGGCUUAUUAUGAAAGACUUUUAUAUAUCAGAUGUCUAAAAUAGGGUGCACUGUAUCACAGAGGAGUCCUCAGCCAGUAUGUAGAAGAGGAGUGUUUUGUGCACAGAGUAAUCUAUGCAAGGAAACUGUACAUUUACCAUAUAUCAUGUACAUCAUGUGUAUUUUCACUCUGUAGGGUCAUGGCUAAUAAAUGACUCUGUCGGUUA